GGCACAGCGGCUCCUCCCCCGUGGCCCGGCACUCGCCCUGCGCGCUCCGGCUGGCUGGGCGGCGGCGGCGGCCUUGGGGGCGCGCGCUGAGGGCGGGCUCGCGGGCAGCAGGUGGGCGGGGUGCGGGCGGGCAGGGGGCUGCCAGGCUGCUCUCGGCCGGGCGCGGCCGGCCGUGUGGCAUGGACUUCAACAUGAAGAAGCUAGCGUCCGACGCGGGCAUCUUCUUCACCCGUGCUGUGCAGUUCACAGAGGAGAAGUUCGGGCAGGCUGAGAAGACUGAACUUGAUGCUCACUUCGAGAACCUUCUGGCCCGGGCAGAUAGUACCAAGAACUGGACAGAGAAAAUCCUGAGACAGACAGAGGUGCUGCUACAGCCCAACCCCAGUGCCCGAGUAGAGGAGUUCCUGUAUGAGAAGCUGGACAGGAAAGUGCCCUCAAGGGUCACCAAUGGGGAACUGCUGGCUCAGUACAUGGCAGAAGCGGCCAGUGAGCUGGGGCCCACUGCCCCCUAUGGAAAGACACUGAUCAAGGUGGCAGAAGCUGAGAAGCGCCUGGGAGCCGCAGAGAGGGAUUUUAUCCACACAGCCUCCAUCAACUUCCUCACACCCUUGCGGAACUUCCUGGAAGGUGACUGGAAGACGAUCUCGAAGGAGAGGAGGCUCCUCCAGAACCGCCGUCUGGACCUGGAUGCCUGCAAAGCCCGGCUAAAGAAAGCCAAGGCCGCAGAGGCCAAAGCCACGACGGUGCCUGACUUUCAGGAGACUAGACCUCGUAAUUACAUUCUCUCGGCCAGCGCCUCCGCGCUUUGGAAUGAUGAGGUGGAGAAGGCGGAGCAGGAGCUCCGAGUAGCCCAGACAGAGUUUGACCGGCAGGCAGAAGUGACCCGGCUCCUGCUGGAGGGCAUCAGCAGCACUCAUGUGAACCACCUCCGAUGCCUCCAUGAAUUCGUUGAGUCUCAGACAACUUACUACGCGCAGUGCUACCGUCACUUGCUGGACUUACAGAAACAGCUGGGCAGCUCCCAGGGAGCCAUAUUCCCAGGCACCUUUGUGGGCACCACAGAGCCCGCCUCCCUGCCCCUGAGCAGUACCUCGCCUACAACCACUGCUGCCACCAUGCCUUUGGGUCCAUCUGGGGCAGGCCUGGUCCCACGGGGGGAGGCUGCCCUCUGCCUUGAAGAGGUGGCCCCACCUGCCAGCGGCACCCGGAAGGCGAGGGUGCUCUACGACUACGAGGCAGCUGACAGCAGUGAGCUGGCCCUGCUAGCGGAUGAGCUCAUCACUGUCUACAGCCUGCCCGGCAUGGACCCUGACUGGCUUAUUGGCGAAAGGGGCAACAAGAAGGGCAAGGUCCCUGUCACCUACUUGGAACUGCUCAGCUAAGCGGGCCUCCACCCAGGCCCCUGCCCGUUCUGGCCCUGGCAGAAGAGGGGGCAGCCUUGCCUCUUGUCUCAUCUGUUGGUGACCCAGCUGCUCAGGGUGGGGAGACUGACCUCAUUCUGUCUUUGCCCUUGGUCAUCCAGCUGUGAGGGAGCCCCAGAGGCUGAAUGACCCCGGUCCCUCUCCCAGCUCUGCUUUUGACUUGUGGCUCUGGAGCUCUCAACCCCACCUGCACCCCCAGAGCACCCAGUCCUCUUGGCUCCUGCUAAAGAGGGAGGGGACCACAUUGGGGGGUAGCCACAAUUGGCCUAGAAGCCAGGGGGGUAGCCUUGGAUAAGAACACACCACCUUUUUGUUGCCAAAAGCAGCAAGGGGAAAACGGGAGGUGUGUGGCACCCCAGGGAUAGCCCCCUCUGGCCAGACUGGAGCCGGAGGAGCCUGGCUGAAGGCAGGGCUGGCCUGUGAGCAUCUCCCCGGUGCUACCCUUCCCCCAGCUCAAGCCAAGGAUGGCGGCUGCAGCCUGCACUUCACCACUUUUUAACAGUCUUUUUACUCUGCCUGUCUGCUUGCUCUCUAGCCAGUCAGUAACAAACAAUAAACCCUCCUUUCUGUG